AUCUUCAAAUUUUGUAUCCGUUUCACAUUCACAGUCAAACUCGGUUGCCGAAGAAAUUUCCCGGCAAAAACCUCAACAAACAAAAAUAGUAGAAUGACUCUUUUACCCUUACCCUUCCUCUUCUUCUUCCUCAACUCAAUACCCUUAUCCGUCUUUUCACAGUCCAACGACCAGUCAACGCUCCUGAACCUAAAACGCGAUCUCGGAGAUCCACCGUCUCUCCGGCUAUGGAACGACACAUCUUCACCGUGCAAUUGGUCGGAGAUCAUUUGCACCGCCGGAAAUAUCACUGGGAUCAAUUUCAAGAACAAGAACUUCACCGGGACAGUUCCGACGACGAUAUGCGAUUUGUCGAAUCUCAAUUUCCUCGAUUUAUCGUUUAAUAACUUCGCCGGCGAGUUUACGACGGUUCUUUACAAGUGCACGAAGCUUCAAUAUCUCGAUCUCUCUCUGAACGUUUUCAACGGCUCACUUCCCGUCGACAUCGACCGUCUCUCACCGGAACUUGACUAUCUCGACUUAGCAGCUAACGACUUCGCCGGAGAUAUCCCUAAGAAUAUCGGACAUAUCUCGAAACUCAAGGUAUUGAAUCUGUACCAGAGCGAAUACGACGGAACGUUUCCGUCGGAGAUCGGAGACUUGGUCGAGCUUGAAGAACUUCGAUUAGCGGUAAACGAUAAGUUUACGCCGGCGAAGAUUCCGACGGAGUUUCGGAAAUUGAAGAAACUCAAGUACAUGUGGUUAUCGGAGAUGAAUUUGAUCGGAGAAAUCUCAGCCGUUGUUUUCGAGAACAUGACGGGUCUUAAACACGUUGACUUAUCGGGCAACAAUUUAACGGGUCGGAUCCCAGAUGUUUUAUUCGGGUUGAAGAAUCUCACUAAUCUUUAUCUCUACGCUAAUGACUUAACCGGAGAAAUCCCCAAAUCAAUUUCGGCGACGAAUAUGGUAAAUCUUGAUCUCUCUGGUAAUAAUUUAACCGGUACGAUUCCGGUAUCAAUCGGAAAUCUAACGAAAUUAGAUAUUUUGAAUCUUUCCAACAAUACUUUCACCGGUUUCAAAAGAUUAACGAAAUUUGCCUUGCAACCAUCUAUGCGUUACUUGUUAGGCUCCAACAACAAUUUCACUGGAAAGAUUCCAUCUUUCAUAUGUGCGUUGCGCUCUCUAAUCGUUCUCGAUUUAUCUACCAACAAAUUCAAUGGUUCAAUCCCUCGUUGCAUAGGAAAUUUCAGUUCUCUUAAAGUUCUAAAUCUUAGAAAGAAUCAUCUUAGUGGAAAUGUUCCAGAGAAUAUAUCUGCAAGUGUAAAGUCGUUUGACAUCGGUCAUAACCAACUGGUGGGAAAGCUUCCAAGAUCUUUGGUCCGUAUUUCUUCUCUUGAAGUUCUCAAUGUGGAAGGCAACAAAAUCAAUGACACGUUUCCUUUUUGGUUGGGUUCUCUGCAAGAACUACAAGUUCUUGUCCUUCGCUCCAAUGCAUUCCAUGGUUCGAUACAUGAUCAAACCGGGUUUUCUAAGUUACGAAUCAUCGACAUAUCCGGUAAUCACUUCAAUGGAACUUUGCCAUUAGAUUUUUUUGUCAAUUGGAAUGCAAUGUUCUCACUUGGAAAAACUGAAGAUCAGUACAUGGGUACAAACUACAUGGGUACAAACUAUUACAGCGAUUCAAUAGUUGUGAUGAAUAAAGGCAUAGAAAUGGAGAUGGUACGUAUCCUAACAAUAUUUACAUCAAUUGACUUUUCUGGAAACAAAUUUGAAGGAGAGAUUCCAAGGUCCAUUGGUCUACUAAAAGAGCUUCAUGUGCUCAACUUGUCAAACAAUGGUUUCACUGGCCACAUCCCAUCAUCAAUGGGAAACCUGAUAGAGCUCGAAUCACUGGAUGUUUCUCAAAACAAGCUUUCAGGAGUAAUUCCACAAGAGCUAGGGAAACUCUCAUACCUUGCGUACAUGAAAUUCUCCCAAAACCAGUUUGUAGGUCUAGUACCAGGGGGCACUCAGUUUCAAACACAGCCUUGCUCUUCUUUCGCGGACAAUCCCGGACUCUUUGGCCUUUCACUUGAAAACGUUUGUGUAGAUAUCCACAAGGAAACAUCGCAACAAUCCGAAAUGGCAGAGCCCGAAGAAGAUGAAGAAGAGGUGAUAAAUUGGACAGCAGCUGCAAUUGGAUCCAUACCUGGUAUUUCUUUUGGAUUGACGAUGGGAUACAUAUUGGUUUCUUACAAACCAGAGUGGUUCAUGAACCUUGGCCGAAACAAACGCAGAAGCACAAGCACCACAGCUCAUUAGAGUUAGAGAGGAAGCGAGGUAAAUUCUCGUGUUCACUAAAGCCCUCACUAGGAGUGAGCAAUUGUCUCUUGUGCCUUUCUAUUCUGUUUAUAAUGUUAUAUGGAAAUACAUUCACAAUCAGCACAAGUUUCUAAAUCCCCUUUGGAAAUGAGACGGACGCCAAGGGGAGGGAAUUCAUGUUGUCCCGUAUUAUAUACUAUCUUACUCCUAUUCAGUAGUCCAUCCCUGCGAUAUCCGAUCCUGACCUGUAUACCUAUGACUCCCAAGUCAUUUCGCAUUUGAAGUUUAUUUACAAAGUCUAGUUCAAAAUCUUGAUGUGUGGAUA